CUGUGAUGGUAACUGACAUGUUUUUCUUGAAAAUUGUUUAAAUGAAAAUUUUUAGAGGCCAUUUAAACAAAACAAACAAAUGAAAAUUUUUCAAAAAAAUAUGGAAAUUGAUCGAUCAUGUGGUUGUAAAGGAAUAAGAACCUGUUUAAUUUGUGAAAAAAAAUAUUCAAUUACUAAAUUAAAUCUUGCUUCUGAACUUGAGAAACGUCCAACUUUUGUUUAUUGUCUAUAUUGUAAUAAGGCCUGGCCCGGUUGGAAUUAUAAUGAAUUUCAAAUUCAUCCAAAUCAUUCUGGAAAACCAAUUGAUUAUCCUGGAGUUUAUAUACAGACGGAUUUUCUAAGUACAGAGGAAGCCAAUUCUUUAAUGAAAGAUCUAGAUUCAUUACCUUGGGAUAUAUCUCAAAGCGGUCGCAGAAAGCAGAAUUAUGGACCAAAGUGUAACUUUAAAAAGCGACGACUACGUUUAGGUUUAUUCUCAGGAUUUCCCAAGAAAACUCGCUUCGUUCAAGAAAAAUUUUUAGAUGUUGGGUUAUUGAAAGAUUUUAAGACAAUCGAACAAUGUAGUCUUGAAUAUAAUCCAGAUCGAGGAGCUUCUAUCGAUCCUCAUAUUGACGAUUGUUGGAUUUGGGGCGAAAGAAUUGUUACGGUCAAUGUAAUUGCGGAUUCUGUCUUAACAAUGACUCCUUAUACAGAGAAUAAUCGGUAUAAUUUAGAUUGUGUCAAUUCUCAAAAACUUAUCGGAAACGAAAAUAGUGUGACUAAACCGUCAUGUGAAAAUAUUGUUGUAAGAAUACCAAUGCCUGAACGAUCAUUGCUUGUUCUUUAUGGAGCUGCAAGAUAUGCUUGGGAACAUGCAGUUCUUCGAGAGGAUGUUAAUUCACGUCGAGUGUGUCUUGCGUAUCGAGAAUUUACCACUCCAUAUCUUCCCAAAGGUGAUCACAGUCUGGAAGCUGUAGAAAUUCUCGAGCAGGCAAACAAUUUUUGGUAAUAAAUUUAUUAAAAUUAGAAACUUGUUUAAGUAUAAAAAUAACAUUUACACAUUUCAAGUAUGAGUUCUUUUCAAUAUAAUAAAUGUAGAACUCUUA